AUGGCGCACCAACAUGGACACGCCCACCUUAUACGCCGGCAACGCAACCGGCAGGAGGAGGAGGAUGACGACCCAGUCGCAACAGUCAUUCAAAUAGUCACCGUACCCAACACCCCUACUAGCAAAGCCGUACGGGUCACCCAGCAGAACGAUGCCCCAAAGACACUCGUCCCGCCCGCUGUAGCAACAAGGCCGUUCUCUACCGUUUCAGACGAUGACGAUGACGAGAAGCCCACGUCCACCAGGCCAACAGCCGCCAGUUCAAAGCGACCUGCUUCUACCACGAUACACACCACUGAGUCUGAGACUGAAACUGCAGAAACCUCAACAGCGAAAUCGACAAAGGGCCAAUCUACACUGAUCGUCGCAACCAAGUCUCCAGUCGCCUCGAACUCGGCGUCAGUGGUCGGCGCCCUGGUGUCUGCCACAGCAUCUGCUACUGCGUCCAUCUCUGCUACUCCCACAUCCGACGCCUCGGAAAGUGGAGGUAUGUCUGGUGGUGCUAAGGCUGGUCUUGCUCUCGGUAUCUUGCUUGGUUUGGCUGCUCUCCUUGCUGGCAUCCUGUUCUUCUACCGUUGCAAGAAGAACGCAAUGGCGGGAGAGAAGGACAAUGAGAAGAUUGGUAUGCACGGUGCUCCUGCACCCCUACCGCCUCAGGUCCCCACCGGUGCCGCUCCCAGCAUGGAUACCAAUCGCACCAUGUCUACUGCACCUCGCUUGAGCCUGCGGCCAGUUACCCAGUUCGAUCCUACUUUCAACGAGCAGCGCAAGAGCGGAGGACUGCUCACUGUUGCCGCGGCUGCCGCUCCUAUUGCUGCCUCUCAAGACCGAGCUGUAUCACCUGAGGAGCGUCCCGUUAGCGCCUGGGAACGUCGUGGAGCUGCCAAUGCUGCUCCUGCCGCUGCUGUUGCGCCUGCAGCAAACCCAUUCAACGACCCUCAGACGCCGGCCAACACCCAACCACCAGCUAAUCCCUUCGGUAACAGCGCCGCUCUCGACGCUGCACAUGCAGCCAUUCCUGACUCGCCUCCCCAAGCAUUCCCCACGCACUCGGCAGCCCCAAGUGCUGACCUUGACGCCCGUGUUGCUCCCGCUCCCGCUCCAGAGGUCGAUGCUGUUGCUGUAGCCAAUGCUGUGACCAAUGUCCCUGUGUCAGGAACCGAGUUCCCUGCGCCCCCCAGUCUCAACGCCAACACCGACGGAGUACCAACAAGUCCCGCAUGGACAGAAGAUGUUCCUUCGUCACCCGCCAUGGGCACACCUAUGAUUGUUGGUACCGCUGGUGCUAUGGUUGCUGGCCGUCCCAACGGUGCUCCUGCCGGCCCUAACAAUGUCCACCGUGUUCAACUCGACUUCAAGCCCUCCAUGGGUGAUGAGCUUGAGCUAAAGGCUGGCUCGCUGGUCCGUAUGCUUCACGAGUACGAUGAUGGAUGGGCUCUUUGUAUCAGCAUGGAUCUCUCACAUCAAGGUGUUGUGCCCCGAACCUGUCUCUCUAAGCACCCUGUCAAGCCUCGCACUGGUCCACCGCGUCAAGGCCCUCCUCCACCGCAUAUGCGCGGACCUCCUAUCCGCUCGCCCAUGGGCCCUGGCGGCAUUCCUCAACCUCGUCCAAUGUCUCCUGUCGACGGUCGCAGUUCGCCUCACCCGCCAGCUUUGUCGCCUGCUAGUGGUCAGGACCCCCCUGGCCCCCGCACUAUGAGCCCCGGCCCCCGCCAGAUGCCUCCUCACAUGCAAGGCCCUCCUCGUAACCGUACCAACAGCAAUGCUCCUUAUCCUGGAUCACCACAAGGCCGUGGCCGCGCGAACAGCAACGCACCGUACGCUGGACCUCCUCGCUCGAUGUCUCCCGGCCCUCAUGGAGGCGGUCCUAUGGCCCCACCACCACAAAUGGGUCGUCCCAGAUCAAGCUCCGCAAGCCAGCUUGGCGGCGCUCGUCGUGGACCUGCCCUCGGACCCAGUCCCAUGAACCCGAACAUGAACCUCGAUGCCGGUCCUGCACCUGCCCCCUUGACUAGUGCUGUUCCCAGCCGGAAACCGGUCCCUGGCAUGGCAUUGUAA